AUGAAUAAAUUACAAUUGUUACAGUGGCUCAAAGGUUAUGGACAAGCGCACCUCAUCGAUACCUAUGAUGUCCUCACGCCGGAAGAACAGUUCAUACUCAGCCGACAGAUUACCCAUUCGGGAAUUGACUUCCCCCGUUUAAACACCAUUUUGCGAGAGAACUUGAAGGCUCUGGAUAAUGACGGCGUGUAUAUUACAGAAACAAAGAGGGAGAUAAACUGUUUGGAGCCUCCCCUUCAGGAAAGUAUUUUCUCUGACGAUGCGGUAAAAUCCGUGAAUUCAGGGGGAAUUAGGCAUUUAAAGCGCCUUGGCCUCGUGGUGAUCACAAAGAAGGAGGCCUCGGUGCCGCUGCUUUCCGGCGGGAGCCGCACGCGGCUUGGGAUUUCAACCCCGAAAGGGUCUACGCGUGCAGGAGCUGAGGUUGGCGGAGGCUAA